UUGGCGUAUUUCACACUUUGCUGUUUUUAUUGUAUCACAACCAUUUAAAUUAUUUGACCUAAAUAAUAGCAUUUGCUGAACACCAUUUAUAUUCAGCAACUGAUUCUGAUUUUUUCUCUCGUUUAUCCUUAAGAGUCGAUUUACUUUCAUUAACAUUUUAGACAAUACCGUGUUUAGAAUUAUGAUAAUUGAAUUUAUAUUACUUUUCGAUUUGUCACCGUUUAAUUUUUAUUUCAGCGACUUACGAGAGAUUCUGAAAAACUGCCGUGUCAGCACCAAUCAUGGAAAUGUGUACUUCCCGGAAGCAUCAAUUAACCCCCUUUGAAACACCGCAGUUACUAGCCUAGUCAUUCCUUCAUUCCAUUCAAUAUCUUUCUCGUACAAAUUCACGUCACAAAUUACCGCCGGCGGUUUAAAAGAAGGCAGAAGGCGUUUUUAAUAAAACGCUGUCGGAAAAGAAGCUUUAGAGACAGCAGUCUAUCGUGAGCCCAAUUAUCAUCAUAACAAAAGACUGUCUGCCGCCUGAUUUUGAAACCUUCAAAAAAUCCUCGCGGUCAAAAUUUAAAUCUAUAUCAAGGAUUUCAAAAUCUCAAAAUUGCUAUCCUACCCUUGGAGCGAAUUUAGGUUAAACCUAUGAAUGGGGAGUGGAAAAAUGAAUUUGUGGAAGUUUUGAUAUCGGUUAAGCUCUCCGAUUUGUUAACUGACAAGUUUCUUCCUGUUAGUUGAAAAGACGGAAAGUCGCAUUAGCCCCCCAGAAUCAGAGGCUUAUGAAGUUAAGUUAGCCGCUUCCUCGGGCUGAAACAUGGAAAAAUGUGACGUCACAAAUUUAGUCCAAAAGUUGACUUCAACCCACAUAUUUCUGAAUCGUGUUUUGUUUUUCGAAUCUGCUUCAAACAAGCAGAACAGAACUUACUUGGCUUACUUUUAUUUGAUUUAUUCAGUGGCAACCUUGGUAUUAAUAACAAUUUUAACACCAUAUUAUGAGCCUUUUAAAACCACCUAAAAGUUCGUUCGUACAAAUUUAUGAGCUGAACCAUUAAAUGGUAUAGCAAACUUAAAUCCCAGUACUGAAGGAACGUGUGCAUUUCCAUACCAAUUUGUAUAUUUUUAGGUUUAUAGACUGAAACACUGAGAUUUGUCUUUAGAGGAUUAUCAGGCAAAAAUAUUACGAAUUGAGUUUAGCUCCCCGCCGCAGUGACCUAUUUUCAAACCUCUGAAGUGUAAUAAAGCAACUGUAAUACAAAUUAUACAACUUAAUUUGUUGUUUUUGUAGGAGCCGACAUGAUUGUGAAGUUCAACUUUAUGAAAUUAUUUCAACCUUCUUUGAUCAAAAUUUCCCUGAACUUUUCGGUUACAAUUAUUUGAAACAUUGUCAAGCCUUCUCACAGCGUUUAUAUAGUAGGUUUUUACAUAUUGGAAUUAUAUGCCACCAACUUUGUUUUCCCCCUCCCAAUAAUCACCAGAACUCUCCCCGGCCGGCCGGACCAAAUGCUGGUGGAGCUGACUUCCGUCAAGUUCUGACCGAGUGACAGUUUUGGUAGUCAAGAUUGAAAACCUUAUCUGGGCUUUUUAUCUCUCUAUUGGAUUAUUUUGGAUAUAAACUAGAAGUUAUUUUCUUUGCAGUGAAAUUGGAACAAGGAAAAUUCGACCUGGAGCGGCAUUUCUUUUGAAACAACCGCAAAAUGUUUGGAGGAAUCAGCGGUUCAGGGAACAGACGCAGCCAGUCUCGAAGUGGAUCUAAACAGCCUCUCUCCGCCUACGAUUCCCUAGACGACCCAAACAGCCUCGCCAACAGACAGACAGAGAAAGUGACUCUAAAUGUGGGGGGAACAGUAUUCAUUACAUUCAAAGACACCCUUGUAAGAGUGCCAUGUACCCGGCUGUACUACUUGAUGAAGACACCCUGUGAGAAUCUUCAUCCGGCAGAGUACGAUACGGAGACUGGAGUCUACUUCUUCGAUAGACAUCCGGGCUUGUUCGAACAUAUUGUAAACUAUUACAGAACUGGUCAGUUGCAUGUUCCUCGAGACAUCUGCUGGCCCCUGUUCGAGAAUGAGCUCAACUAUUGGGGACUAGACCACACCCAUCUCGAGUCAUGUUGCUGGAUGGUGUACAGGCACCACACAGACAACGAGAACACCCUGAAGGCCCUGGACGAGGAGGACAAGAACGAGAAGUUGGACCCUAGAGUGGGGGACAACACUUUGGGCAAAUGGGACAGAAACAUGUGCAAACUCUGGACACUCAUUGACGACCCCAUGUCAUCCAUACCCUCUAAGUGCAUAGCUUUCCUCUCUCUCACUCUUAUUCUAGUGUCAGUGGCAAUAUUCUGUCUGGAGACACACAAAUUGUUCCGGGAGGAGAAGGGCAAAAAAGUGUUCAACAUAACCCUCUCAAAUGGCGAGACAAUAACACGCACCGAAAUCAUCACAGAACCUCUAGAGUUCCUGUUCUAUAUCGAAACAGUCUGCAUCAUUUGGUUCUGCAUCGAAUUCUUUGUUCGCCUUAUAUCCUGCCCAAGUAAAGCCACAUUUCUCAAGAGCCCUCUUAACAUUGUGGAUUUUCUAGCCAUCUUGCCUUAUUUUGUAGACCUCUAUAAGAUAUCGAGUAACUCGACCGGGUUUCUCAGAAUCGUCAGGAUUUGCAGGGUUUUUCGAGUGUUCAAGCUAACAAGACACUUAACAGGGCUGAAAAUUCUUUGGCACACGUUACACGCAAGUAUGAAAGAACUAUUUAUUCUUGCCAUCUUUAUGUGUCUUGGAGUCGUCAUCUUUGCCAGUUUAAUUUUCUACGCCGAACGUCUUUUUGAAGAUUCAGAUGACAAUCCGGAGACUGAUUUUAUCGACAUACCACAUGGCUUCUGGUGGGCUCUCGUUACCAUGACAACGCUGGGUUAUGGUGACAUGGUGCCCAAAACGUUUUCAGGUCAAAUCGUUGGAUCUCUUUGCGCCCUUUGUGGGUUAUUGACAAUCGCUCUUCCAGUACCAGUUAUAGUAUCUAAUUUCUCCCUCUAUUACAGCCAUUAUCAAGCGAAAGUGAAACUGCCCAAAAAUCAUUUUAAAGACAAAGACGGCAGCUCUGCAAGUCCUGGAAACUCAGGGUUUAACUCGGGAUCACAGACAUUAGCAGGGUCGCCCAUACAUCAGCGGUUCUCGGAAAUCGUUGAAGCGCCCGAAGAAGAUCACAACCCAAGUCAUAAAUCGUUAUUUGUUGAACUGGAGAGAGAAGACUCUUUUGAUGAGCCGCCGCCGAAUGGUCCUUCCGACUAUGGCGGGGCUUCGGAGUACAGGGUUCCAGUUGGGAGACGAGGGCGACGUCCAGUAUCGUACACGGACGGAGAACUGCCAAAUAUAUUUCCAUCUCAAUCUCAACAACACAUCAUAGCCAAUGACGUGCGCCAAAGUGAGAAUCACUUGAGUAAAUAUCCGCGAAAACAAUCUGCGCCACUAGAGGUAAAAAUGAGAGAUUUGAUCCCCGGACCUCCGGAGACUAAUUAUAAUAUUCACUAUGCGCCUCAACGGUACUCCGCUCCCAUUUCCCCCUUUGAACCUGUCAUCAGUGUCGAAAACCACAUCAAUCAAAGUCACGGAGAUGACAUGGAACUGGCGGGAAAACAGACAAUGAGUCAGAGCUUUCUUCCUUAUAUGGACCAAAAUCAUCAUCAAACAUCCUUGGACUCAACAUCCAUCAAAUUAGUUCCAUCAUCAUCAUCAUGUAAUAAUAUUAAAAACAUCCAUCACAAACCAAGUAAGGCGCCAUUGCCGACAGAAGCUUCAUCUGAUAUCAGUUCGAAAAGUCAACAAGCAAACAACACUUCAAGUAACAACAGAGGCAAAAGUAAACAACAAAACAGAAAGUCAACAACGCAAUAUGUCGAAGUUGAAUGUGAAGUUUGAACUUUAUUGUCAAAUGAAAAUUGAUUUUCAAAAUGAACUGAUUUUUUUUUCAUUUGUAAAUUGUACUCUUAGAUGUUUAAUUUUAACACAGUGACUAUCGUAUAGUUUCUAUAGUGGCAACUA